UCAUUACUUGACUUUUGAAAAUGGAGAUUACUACAGGCAGCGCCAGCAACGUUGUUACUGGUGUUGCCGGAUUCGUGUUCCAGAAAAUCAAAAUUGGCUUCAGCUACGUGCGCAACUAUAGAAAGACGGUCUCGGACUUCGAGGAUAAAGUUGAGAUGUUGAAAGGAAAGAGAGACAGAGUGCUGCUGGAUGUUGAUGCUGCCGAAAAGAACGGCGACGUUGUAUACCCCGACGUCAAGAGCUGGCUGAUUAAAGCCGGCGACGUUAUCAAUUCGAAGUAUGACGAAGUUAAGGGUCUUGAAGACGAAGCAGCCAACAAGUGUUUCGUCGGCUUGUGCCCUAAUUUCAAGGCUCGCUAUCAGCUUUGCAAGAAAGCUAUAGAAGAAGCUAGUGUUGUUGAUGAACUCCUCCGGCAAGGUGGAUUUGACAGAAUAUCAUAUCCCGGUGUCCCACGACCCAUUGUGGAUUUACCUAGAGAUUUUGAGGACUUUGAAUCAAGAAAGCAGUCGUUUAACUACAUCAUGGAGGCGGUGAAAGAUCCUAAUGUCAACAUUGUAGGGGUGCACGGAAUGCCUGGCGUUGGCAAGACCAUGCUUGUUAAAGAAGUUAUAAGACAAGUCAAAGAGGAUAAGGUAUUCGACUCGGUGGUUUUUGCUGUUGUGACUCAUACCCCUGACAUCCUGAAAAUCCAAGACCAGAUUGCAGAUAUGUUGAGAUUGAAAUUUGAGGAGCAGAGUGCGAGUGGAAGAGCAAGUCGAUUGUGCCAAAGGUUGACGAAAGAGAAGAAGAUUCUUGUUGUUUUAGAUGAUAUUUGGGAAAGAUUGGACCUGAUGGAAAUGGGGAUUCCUUUGGGAGAUGAGCAUCAGGGAUGCACCAUACUGCUGACGUCCAGAAAUCUUCGUGUUCUGUCCAAGGGUAUGGAUGCUAAAAAAAGCUUUGCGAUCGGAGUUUUAGAAGACGAAGAAGCUUGGGCUUUCUUCAAGAAGAUGGCAGGGGACGGUGUCGAAAGACCAGAUUUGUCACCUGUAGCUACGGAGGUGGCUAAAAAAUGUGGCGGUCUACCAAUCGCCAUUAGAACACUUGCACUGUCUUUGAGAGAUGAGCCUUUGUUUGAAUGGGUGGAUGCUUUGCGCCAACUAAACAGGCCAUCGUCAAGCAACUUCAGCGGAGUACCACGAGAUGCAUAUUCAACUAUAGAAUUGAGCUAUGAUCGUUUACCAACUGAAGAACAUAAACAGACUUUCUUGCUUUGCAGUCUAAUGGGGCAUGGUGCUUACUUGGAUGAGUUGCUCAUGUGUUCGAUUGGGUUAGGGAUAUUUCGUGGUGUCAACACAAUUGAAGAAACACGGAACAGAAUGUUGACAGUGGUGAGUCAUCUAAAAGCCUCUUGUCUGUUGAUUGAUAGCUAUAGCGAUCACCGCUUUGAUAUGCAUGAUCUUAUUUGUGAUGUGGCUGUGUCAAUCGCUUCUAAAUGCAACCAUGCGUUUGUUUUAAAACACGGGGAUGUUUUAAAUGAUUGGCCAGAUGACGAAGCAAUGAAAGAGUGCAACAAAAUUAGUUUGCGGUAUGCUAGUAUCAGCAUGCUUCCUGAUCAGUUGAAAUGUUCAAAGCUUACUCUUUUCUGUAUGGGUAGCAAGGAUCCUCGGGUGAAAAUACCAUCAAACUUCUUUAAGGAUAUGGAAAAUCUUAAAGUCCUAAUUUUGGCUGACAUGAACUUCCCGUCCUUGCCUUCAUCAAUUUCCUUGCUAGCAAACCUUCGAACAUUAUGCUUGUUUUGUUGUGUGUUGGGAGAUAUUUCCCUUGUUGGGGAGCUCAAGAAUCUGGAAAUUCUAUGCCUUGUGGGUUCUGAUAUUGAAAUGCUGCCCGAAGAAAUAGGGCAACUGACUAAGCUAAAGUGGUUAGAUUUACGUGAUUGUUCCAAACUCAAAAGAAUUCCACUUGGGGUCUUCUGCAAAUUGUAUAGAUUAGAAGAACUUUAUAUGCGCAACAGUUUCGUUGAAUGGGGAGCAGAGGGACACUCUAGUCAACAAAGCAAUUCUAGCCUUGCCGAAUUAGAAGCUUUAACCUGUUUAACAGCUUUAGAAAUUCAUAUCCCUAAUGCAAACACUAUUCCCAAAGAUUUAUUCUUUGGAAAGUUGCAAAGAUACCUUAUUUUCAUGGUAGAAGCUAGUGACUGGGAUUGGGUUUGGGAUUGCAACUUUGUUUGUGAAUAUUCCAAGACAGUAAGGCUCAACCUACAGACACGCCUUAGCUUUCUGAAUAACGGGAUCAAAGUUCUAAUAAAGAAAGCUGAGAAUUUAUAUAUAGAUGAAGUGAAAGGUGUGGAGAUGUUGUCUCAUGAUGAGUAUAGGGAUUAUUUUCAACAGUUGAAGAAUUUGCAUAUUGAAAAUGGUGCGUUGAUCCGAUAUAUCCUGAAAGAUAAUGAUGAUGUUCACGGAAUUGAAUUUCUUCAACUCAAGUCUUUGACGCUUAAGGGUCUGCCUAACCUCAUUAGCUUUUGCUCCAGAAAUAAAGGUUCAACUUCCAUAUCUCCACAGCCACAGGAAAUGACCCUUUUCAACCAAAAGAUAUUGUUUCCAAAGUUGGAGAAGUUGAAACUAUCCUCAAUUAGCAUGGAAAGAAUAUGGGCUCCCCAAGCGUUUUGUUCAACUCAUAAUUUGACGAGCUUGAUCAUCGAGGGCUGCACCAACUUAAAGCACGUGCUAUCCGACUCUAUGGCUGAAUAUCUGCAGCAGCUCAAAUCCUUGGAAAUAAGUGGAUGUAAGUGCAUACGGGAGAUAAUAUCAAUGAAAGAAGCAUCUCGAAACAGAGCUCUCGUAAUAUGUUUCUCUCGAUUGAAGUCCCUCAAAUUGAAGGGUCUUGAGAAGCUCAUCGGAUUUUGCCAUGAAGAUUAUACUGUUGAAUUCCCAACCUUGACGAUUAUUGAGAUAGAAAACUGUCCGGAGUUGAAGGGAUUCAUCCAUAACUCCAUGAGCAAAGAUUUCCCAACUGAUUGUGUUUUAUUCAAUAAAACGGUUGCUUUUCCCAACCUGCGCAAAAUCAAAAUUUCUCAUGUAGGAAAUGUGAGGAGGAUAUGGUAUGACCAACUUCGUUCGGAUUCAUUUUCAAAUUUGAAAGAGUUGAAAGUUGAGUACUGCGAUGCUUUGUCGAAUAUUUUCCCAUUUCUUCUACGGAAAGUAUUUCAAAAACUGGAAAUACUCACAAUAACUGAUUGUGCUUCCUUAAAGGAAGUGUUCCAACUCCAAGUCCCUGGUUCAGAUAUUGAAGAAACAAAUGUGGUGAGAAGUCAAUUGAGAGAAGUGAAUCUCUUUCGAUUGCCAAAGUUGAAGCAUGUCUGGAACAAGGAUCUCAGUGAAAAUCUUUCUUUUGAAAAUUUACGAAAAGUAUAUGUUUGGAAUUGCUGGAGUUUAAAAACUCUGUUUUCAUUUUCAAUAGCCAAGCGUCUUGUACAACUUGAAAACCUUAUUGUUGAUAACUGUGGAGUGGAGGAGAUUGUUUCAAAGAUUGAUGGAGGAGUAGAACAUGAAAUUUGGUUUGAAUUUAAUCAGUUAUCUUACCUUAAACUUUGGAAACUACCAAAUCUCAAAUGCUUAUAUCCAGGCGCACAUAAAACAUUAUGGCCUGCGUUAAAGCAAAUAAGGGCAUAUGCAUGUCCGAAGAUCAAGAUAUUUGGGCAUGUUGAGUUCCAAUUCCCAAAACCAUUGUUCAUCACUGAACAGGUUAUCCCCCAAUUGGAGCAAGUUUCGUUUAACUUUGGUGAUAUUGCGAUGAUAAAUCACCUUCAGCUUGAGGCAAACAUGUUUUGCAAUAUAAAACAUCUUCACGUUAGAAGCCUCUUCAAUGAAUGGGGUGUUAUCUCAGUUCGUUUCCUUGAAAGAUUUUACAAUCUGGAGACCCUUAAGGUGGUGGGUUCUUGCAAUUUCAAAGAGUUGUCUCCUUACAAAGGUAAUGCAGGUGAGGACAAAGACGUGAUUAUCAUGCUCCCAAAUAUUAAAAACUUGAAACUGGAUUAUGUUUGCAACCCACAACUUGUAUGGACGCAAGAGGAUCAUGUUUCUGCAAGACUUGAAAGCCUUGAAGUUUGGCAAUGUCACAGCUUGAUCAAUUUAGGAUCAUAUUUUUCAAGUUUGCGAAAUCUUACAACUCUAGAUGUGUGGAAAUGCAAAAAGAUGACAGAGCUGAUCACAUCCUCCAAAGCCCAAAGUUUGGUGUGCCUUGUGACAAUGAGGAUAGAAGAAUGUGAAACGAUGAGGGAAGUGGUUGCAAGUAAAGGGGAUGAAACAACAUAUGAGAUUGUUUUCAGAAAGUUGAAACGUUUGGAGCUUCUUUGUUUACCAAGCCUCAAAAGCUUCUGUUCAGGAAAUCAUACAUUUACGUUUCCUUCUUUGGAACAAGUCAUUUUGAGCAAAUGUCCUAAAAUGAACACCUUUUAUCAAGGAAUGUUGAGCAUGCCAAAACUGCAGAAAGUACAGCUAACAAAAACAGAUGUCAAGGGACGGUGGGCUGGGGACCUGAAUUCCACUGUGGAACAGUUAUACAAAGAACAGGUUGGAUAUCGUGACCUGAAGCAUUUGAAGUUCUCAGAAUUCCCGGAGCUGAUAGACGUAUGGAGUAGAAAUCCUCAAGAAAUUUUGGACUUUAAAAGUCUUGAAGUUUUAGAGGUUUGUGAUUCUAACAACUUGAGAUGCAUUUUUAACCUCUCUAUGGCCCUGAGCCUAGGACGACUUCAACAAGUAGAAAUCAAGAGAUGCAGUAAUAUGGAACAAGUCAUCAAAGAAGAGGAUUCAAAUACAGUAGUGACCGAGGAAGCAAUAAUAGCAGAUGGUAAUAAAAUCAUUAGCAUAUUUCCUCAUCUACAGUCCAUUGUCUUGGAGUCCUGUUCAAAUAUUUCAAACUUUUACCUGGGAAGUUCAGCUCUUGAAUGUCUAUCCUUGAAAGAAAUUAUGGUAUCUGACUGUCCAAUCAUGACUACCUUUGUUUCUACUUUUUCGAAAAACGAGGACAAUAAAGCAAUCGUUGGUAAUGAAACCGAUAAUGACGCUACAUUUUUCUCCAUCGAGGUUGGUUUUCCCAAUUUGGAGAAGAUCAAAAUCUCUCAUCUGAGAAAUGUGAAGAGGAUAUGGAAUAAUCAACUUCAUGCGGGUUCUUUUUCUAAGCUAAAAGAGUUGAACGUUGAGUACUGCGAUGGGUUGUUGAAUAUUUUUCCAUUUCUUUUGCUGCAAGUAUUUCAAAGACUGGAAAUACUAACGGUAAAUUCUUGUUCUUCACUAGAAGAAGUGUUCCAACUCCAAGUCCAUGGCUUAGAUAUUGAAGAAACUAAUGCAGGGGGGUGUCAAUUAAGAGAAGUGAAUCUCUUUCGCUUGCCAAAGUUGAAGCAUAUCUGGUACAAGGAUCUUAGUGGAUAUCUUUAUUUUGAAAAUCUACGAAAAGUAGAUGUUUGGGAGUGUUGGAGUUUGAAAACACUGUUUCCGUUUUCAUUAGCAAAACAUCUUCAACAACUCGAAAGCCUUAUUGUUGAUAACUGUGGCGUGGAGGAGAUUGUUUCAAAGAUUGAUGGAGGAGUAGAACAUGAAAUUCGGUUUGAAUUUAGUGAGUUAUCUUUCCUUAAACUUUGGAAUCUACCAAACCUUAUCUGUUUCUACCCAGGAACGCAUAAAACAGUAUGGCCUGCAUUAAAGAAGUUGAGCACGUAUUGGUGUGGGAAGAUUAAGAUAUUUGGGCAUGUAGAGUCCCAACUCCCAAGACCAUUGUUCAUCAUUGAACAGAUCAUCCCUCAACUGGAAGAAGUUUCAUUUACUAGUGACGACAUUGCAAUGAUAAGUGAUGGUCAGUUUGCGAUAGAGUCGUUUUGCAAUGUAAAAUGUCUUCGUGUUACCGACUACCUAGAUGAAUCAGCAGUUUUUCCGUUUCAUUUCCUCCAAAGAUUUUCCAAUUUGGAAAUGCUUGAGAUGGUUUCUUUCGAUUUUGAAGAGUUUUCUCCUUACGAAGGUGCUGGUGCUGGUCAGGAAACAGACGUGAUAAUGAUGCUGCCAAGAAUUAAAGAGUUAAAAUUGCAAGAUUUUGACAAUAUAACACAUCUAUGGAACCAAGGCUCUCCCCUUGACCACAUGUGUGUAAAUCUUGAAACUCUGCAAGUUUAUGAAUGUGGCAGCUUAAGUAAUUUAUCAUGUGCUUCCUCAUCUUUUCAAAAUCUUACAACUUUGGAUGUUUGGGAAUGCAAAGAGUUGGUAGAGUUGAUUACAUCUUCGAAAGCCCAAAGUUUGGAGCGGCUCGUUACACUAAAGAUAACAGAAUGUGAGUCAAUGAGAGAAGUGAUUGGAAGCGCUGGAGAUGAUGCAACAUAUCAUGAGAUUGUUUUCAUGAAGUUGAAAUGUUUGGAGCUUCAUUAUUUACAAAACCUCAAAAGCUUCUGUUCAGGAUAUAACGCUAUGAGGUUCCCAUCAUUGCUUCAAGUAACAGUGAGUCAAUGUCCCUCACUGAAGAGUUUUUGCCAUGGAGCUUUAGACACACCAAAGCUACGUGGGGUUCAACAUACAGGAAGAGGUUUUAGUAGGAGAGAUUGGGUUGGUGACCUUAAUGCCACCAUUAAACAGUUAUACACACAAGAAGCAGAUUUUAGGGCACGGUUGGCUGGGGACCGUAAUGCCACUGUGGAGCCAUUAUACAAAAAACCGGUCGAAUAUCGUGGCCUAAAAGCUUUAAAGUUCUCGGAAUUUCCGGAGCUGAUAGACAUAUGGGGCAGGAAUCCGCAAGAAAUGUUGGAUUUUAGAAAUCUUAGAUUUCUGGAGGUCUGUGAUUCCAACAGCUUGAGAUAUAUCUUUGACCUCUCUAUGGCCUUGAGCCUGAGACGACUCCAACAAAUAGAAAUCAAGAGAUGCAGUAAUAUGGAGCAAGUCAUUAGAGAAGAGAGUUCGAUCACAGUGGUUGAGGAACCAAUCAUAACAGAUGGUGAUAAAAUCGUUAGCAUAUUCCCUCGUCUACAGUCCAUUCAUGUGGAGGCAUGUUCACAUAUGACUAGCUUUUACCUGGGAAGUGCAACUCUUGAAUGUCCAUCCUUGAAAGAAAUUAUGGUAGCCGACUGUCCGAACAUGGCUACCUUUGUUUCUACAUUCUUCAAAAACGGGGGAGAAGAUGCAAUAUUUGGUGAUGAAGAUGAUAAUGUUGCUACAUUUUUCUCCGACAAGGUUAUUUUCCCAAAAUUGGAGAAAAUCGCUAUUUCUUAUUUGAGAAAUGUGAAGAGGAUAUGGUGUAAUCAACUUCAUGCCGAUUCUUUUUCUAAGCUAAAAGAGUUGAAAGUUGAGUGCUGCGAUGCAUUGUCCAACAUCUUUCCAUUUCUUGUGUCGCAAGUUUUUCGAAGGUUGGAAAUACUAACAGUAACUGAUUGUGCUUCACUAGAAGAAGUGUUCCAACCCCAAGUCCAUGGUUCAGAUAUUGAAGAAACAAAUGUGGUGGGCAGUCAAUUAAGAGAAGUGAAUCUCAUUUGCUUGCCAAAGUUGAAGCAUGUUUGGAACAAAGAUCCCAAUGGAUGUGUUUCGUUCGGAAAUCUUCGAAAAGCAUUUGUUUGGGAGUGUUGGAGGUUGAAAACUCUGUUCCCAUUUUCGAUAGCCAAAGAUCUUCAGCUACUUGAAAGCCUGCGGGUUGAUAGCUGUGGGGUGGAGGAGAUUGUUUCAAAGAAGGUUGAAGGUGAAGAACGGGAAAUCUGGUUUGAAUUUAUUCAGUUGUCCUUCGUUGGGCUUUGGAAUCUACCAAACCUCACAUGUUUCUAUCCAGGAACGCAUAGAAUCGCAUCGCCGGUGCUAAAAAAGUUUAUUACAAAUUGCUGCAGAAAGACGGAGAUAUUCGGGCAUUUAGUCUCCCAACCUGAAACAUCACUGCUCUCUAUUGAAAAGGGAAAAUCCAUUGAGUCACCGGUGGCUUCUGGAAAGGAGAGGAGUGAUCCUCAAGAGGAAUACCAUGGUCACAAUCAUACAAGAUCUUUCCUUCCCUUGGGGCCAAAAGUUGUGCGAUGGUGCCCUCCAAGCUUCCCGGUGUUGAAGCUCAACGUGGAUGGUGCAUUCCGGGUCGAGGAUCGUUGUGGGGCUGUCGGCUUUGUUCUUCGUAAUAAUGCAGGUUUUUUGCAGGGUGGGGGAGCACAUUUUAUACGAGAAGCCCACUCGGCCGAGUUUGUAGAAGCACAGGCCGUGAUCCACGCAUUACGGUUUGCUAGUUCGAACGGAUUCAAGAAAGUCAUUAUUGAAUCCGAUGAACUCGCCGUGGUCAAUAAAUUGAAGAGCAAAUUGCCAGAUUUCUCCAUACUGGGCUUAGUUCUUGAAGAGGCAAAACAGUUGAUGAAUUCUUUUGAAGAUGUGCAAGUUCGCUACGUUCAUAGGUUGUGCAAUAGAGUUGCCCAUGCUUUAGCUUCUUUCGGCUUCGACUGUAAUGAACCGUUCACUUUCCGUUACAUUUGUCCAGAAUUUAUCCGUGAACUUGUAAGGGACGACAUAACUAAGUUCGAUUAUUAAUAAAAAAUAUCAC